AUGGAGCAGACGGCGCACCAGGGCCUUGAAAGCCUCCCACCCGAAUUGCUUCUCGCCAUAGCAGAACAAUUGCCUGUGGACAGCAGACUAGUCUUUUCGGGAACUUGUUCCUCAUUUCACAGCAUCAUUCAAUCCAAUCGACUCACAAGAUGCUCAGGAAGGGAUCUGGACUUCUUCACCUUCCUGGAUUACCUAACUGCAAUCGCCCGAGACCUUCCAGACAUGUGGGUUUGUGAGAUAUGUCUGGCGCUUCAUGCAGUUAACCGCCAAGAUACACCACAGUCUCCUCUCGCGACGAGCUGCUUUCGGAAGCCCGGGAACGCCGUCAUCGGACGAAAGCUGUGUUGGCCCCAGCAUCGACACGUUCAGAUCGUCUUGAAAUAUACACGACUUGGCGUCCAGGACCCCGAUCGGAGGCGUCACCUUGCCGAGCUGUUGGACCCGGUCUUCGGCAACCACCCCCCCGACCCUCAGGACUCAUGGAUCGCACAUGUGACGUAUGCGUCGAGAGCAAAAAUUGUCAACGGGAGGUAUUUGUUAAAGUACACGUGGCACUACAAUGCGACAUCAGAGCCGAUCGAGUCCCUGUGUCGUGGCUACAACGCCCAUCUCCUCAUAUGCAACCAUCAGUACGUUCCAGGGUACUUGAUGGCCAAAAUUUUCCAGCGGAUUGAGCAACCAGGAGAACAGGAAGCAGCAAGGAUUGCUGCACAGUCACCGCAGCCAUUGACUGAACCGUUGGCUGUUCGAAGGGCAACUCGAGAGAGUCUGCUUGAUGACCAGCGUGGCAUCGAACUCACGGACUCGUGCACCCUAUGUCCCACGGAUUUCUCUAUUUGUGUUGGUGAAGACUGCGUCUGGUUCUCGGCGUGGUACGACCUAGGACCUGAAGGAUCUCCAUUUGACGAGGCUUGGACAUGUCAUAGGAUCAAUGAGCCAUGGGGCACCAUCAGCCGUUCCCUCAAAGCAAGACAUGUGCCAGGCAGCAUUCGACGCCUCUAUCAGCAAACCGCCCACCGAGACAUUGAGAAUGAGGUUGAGUGA